AUGCCAUCAUUUGCGGAGAGCUUUUGGUCUCCGGAUUUUAUAAGUGGGAUUGAAGCGCUCUUUGGGAAGUUGCAUAAAGGUUGUGAUCAAAAUGACCUUUUUAUCCAGCUUUUCGCUUCAAGAAUGCAGUAUGAAGUUGAGUUUGGAAGACACUUGUGCAAUAUCAACAAAGGUGUUGAUGAGUUCGAUGCAUUAGACUCUACAUGUAACUCGUCACUAGCGGGUAUGAUUGGGCAAAUGGUGGAGGAAGGUAACCAUCAUUUGAAGAUCGCCUCUACCAUUGAGAUGACCGUUUUGGGUCCCUUUACAAAGUGGAGACAAGAACAUAAACAACGAGUACAAUAUUCAGAAAAGAUAUUGAAAACAAAUGCGAGAUCAUUCCUUAAGUCAAAAGGGUUUGUUGAGAAACUGGAGCAGACCUAUUUGAACAAAUGUAGACUACUCGAGGAUUUUAAAAGAUCUACAUUCAAUGAAGAUGAAUUAUCUGACGCUAUGAAAUCUCUAGAUCUGCAGAGAGAACAUGAAGCCAAGGUGUUGCAAGAAAAGGAAUACCAGAAAUUUGGUGUGUUUGGUGGUAUUGACUACGAUUAUAAGGGUAUAAAGGAAACUUUGAAACUUUUAUUGACAAAGCUACCAAAGCAUCAAUAUAAAGUUCCCUUCAUCUCUUUUACCAUCGAAAACACCAACAGUGGUAGUGAAAUCGUUGCUUUUUUGAUGACACACAUGUCUCUAAAGGACAUUGAUCAUGCAGAGUUGUUUGGUCAGGAUUUAUUGAACCAUGGUUUUAUCAAAUACUGCAACGGUGUUGGUACAACUUUCGCCAACUCGAAAAAAUUUCAAUAUCAGUGGAAACCGUACGCUUAUAAGUUUUGCAACCUAUCCACCACAGAUGCAAACGAUGAUUCCCUCAAUGAAGCUGAAAGUGGGAUAGUGAACUAUUUCCAAAAGAUGACCGCUGGGAAUGAGGCUACUUACUCAUCAAUUCAUCAACCAAACUUCUCCGAUAACGAAAAGAAGUUAUACAAAUUUGUAAGAGACGUGGAGGUUUCUGAUUCCAAGUAUAUGAAAGAAUGCAAAAAAUUGGAUUCGUUACGGUGUUCGUUUGAAGAGUUGAUUGUAGAUCAUUAUACAUUCAUGGAGAAGUGUGAAUCAGAUAGAUUAAUGGCAAUACGCAAAGUAACUCUAGACUUUUGUGCGGCAAUCGGAAAUACAAUUUCUUCAAUGAAGUUAACUAUUGAAAAACUGACCGACAGUGAGGCAUUGAUUGACCCCGCAGCUGACUUAUUGAAAACCAUUGAAGAAAACAGAGUUGGUUUCUUUCAACCUCGCGUCAUUCCGUACAACAACUACUAUAACCCAGGUAGUUAUCAAACCUUUGGUAUCGAUUUAGAAACAAGAUGUAGAAGUGACAAUAGACUAGUGCCAUUGAUUCUCUCUGCAAUCUUACUAUAUAUGGACCAAGCAUACCCUGAAAUGGAAAAUGAUUAUAAGAGAGCUAUUGUAUGGACAAAGCCUGUUAAACUUCACGAAGUUCAUCAACUAAGGCAACUUUUAAUCAAGCCAUUCAAAGAAGAGUCUGAAAUCAUCGAAAUAUUACGAUCUAAAAAGGUUGAACCAUCAACAGUAGCUAGCGUAUUCAAAAUUUAUUUGCUCGAAUUACCAAAAUCGCUUAUAACAGAGGAUGCGUAUGACAUUCUCAAAGUUCUAUAUCGAGAAUAUCCACCAUCAGACAUAAAAGAAGAAACCGAAAACCAAAGGGUCCGUGGUCUUACCACUGCAUUAUCCACAUUAUCAAAAUCCAAUAUGGUGACCUUAGAUGUGAUCACAACCCAUUUCGAGAGACUAAUUGAAAUCAUUAGAAUGAAUAAAUCUGAAGAAAGUCAAGAACUUGCAGAAAAUUUACGGGAUGCCAUUAGCCAAGAGUUUGCAAAUUGCCUAAUACAUCCAAUUCUGCCAACAGCUAAUGAACUUGGAUACAAAGUAUUUGAAGAUUUGUUGAGGCAUAGAAAGAAAAUCUUCAAAGAACUCAAGAGAAAAGGAUCAAAUCCAUCAUCCAGGGGUUGA